AUGGAGUACAAUUUCCCUUUUUUUCAAACCAUUUUCACAUUCCUCUUCAUGUUGCUAGUAAUAAAAAUCUUGAAGCAAUGUAGAACAAAUAAUUUAACUCCCAAUCUACCUCCUGGGCCAAGAAAGCUGCCUCUCAUAGGAAACAUUCUUGAUGUUCCAGGCCCACUUCCGCAUCAUACUUUGGGGAACUUAGCAAAGAAAUAUGGACCGUUGAUGCACCUACAACUCGGAGAGAAUUCCACCAUCAUCGCCUCAUCAGCAGAAACUGCAAAAGAGGUUAUGAAAACUCACGAUAUAAACUUUGCUAAUCGCCCUUUUCUUCUUGCUUCAUAUAUCAUAUCUUAUAAAUCCACAAAUAUUAUGUUUUCACCUUAUGGAGAUUAUUGGAGACAACUCAGAAAGAUUUGCAAUACAGAGCUUUUAAGUUCAAAACAUGUGCAGGCACUUAGACCAAUAAGAGAACAAGAGGUCUCUAAUCUCAUCGACACGAUCUUUAAACAAUCAGGAUCUGUAAUUAAUCUAAGUGAACUUAUUUAUGCACUAACAUAUGGGAUUACUACAAGAUCAGUAUUUGGAAAGAAGUCGAAGCAUCAAGAAGCCCUGAUAUCAAUCAUUGAUGAAGCAAUAGGGCUAUCCGGUGGAUUUACACUUACUGACCUCUAUCCUUCUUCUAAAGUCAUCUCCUUUUUCAGUGGGUAUAGGCCGAAACUCGAAAAGAUUCAUCAGAGAAUUGAUAAGAUCUUGAAUGACAUCAUUCUAGAACAUAAUAAAACACGUGAAGAAGGUAAAGGAGACACGGAUCAUUUGCUUGGAGAUGUGCUUCUGAAAGUCCAGGAGUAUGGCAAUCUUGAAGUUCCGUUGACUAUUGAUAAUGUCAAAGCUAUUAUCUUGGAUGUAAUAUCUGCCGGUAGUGACACGUCAUCAACGACCAUAGAAUGGGCAAUGUCAGAACUGCUAAGGAACCCAAGCAUAAUGGAGAAGGCACAAUCCGAGGUCAGACGAGUUUUCAGCAAAAAGCCAACAGUCGAUGAAACCGACAUCCACUCGUUGGACUUCUUAAAGAUGGUUAUCAAAGAAACUCUAAGAUUACACCCUCCUGCACCAUUGAUGUUGCCUAUGGAAAACAGGGAGAAAUGUGAAAUCAAUGGGUAUGAGAUUCCAAUGAAGACUAAAGUGGUUGUGAAUGUGUGGGCCAUUGGUAGAGAUCCAAAGUAUUGGAAAGAACCGGAAACAUUUAAUCCAGAAAGGUUUAUUAAUAGUUCAGUAGAUUAUAAAGGGCUUGAUUUUGAGUAUAUACCUUUUGGUGCUGGAAGGAGAAUAUGUCCAGGUAUAACAUUUGGAUUAGCUAAUAUUGAGCUGCCACUUGCCUCUUUACUUUAUCAUUUUGACUGGAAGUUAGCAAAUGAGGGUAUGAAAAGUCAAGAUCUUGAUAUGACUGAAGCUUUUGGUGCAACUGUUAAACGGAAAAGUGUCCUUAAACUUGUGCCAGUUGUUGUCCAUCCUCCUGCUUAGCCCAUUGGUGAAGCGUGAAGGUCGUGGAAAUCUCCACGAUGCCCACAAGAUUGACCAUUUGAAAAUUAUGUUUGUAAUUAUGUAUUUUAAAUAAAAAAGGAGGGGAUAGUAGAGGAUAUAGUGACCACACUCUUAGAUAGAGGAGGAGAGUGAUGGUGGAAGGGGAUGUUGACGUUGUGCUGAGGUGAAGGAUGGUUAUGAGUAUUCACGAUUGAACCA